AUGCCGUCUCUCGAGCUCAAGACUAACGUUGUUAUCGCCGACCCCAAGGCCUUCUCGCUCGAAUUCUCCAAGUUCGCGGCGAAGACCUUGGACAAACCGGAGAGCUACAUCUCCGUAUCCUACCAGUACCAUGAGCACCUCACAUUCGCCGGAUCGUUCGACCCUGCCUUCCUGUUGUACAUCACGAGUCUGAACAAUAUCAACCCCGAGCUCAACCAGCAGUACUCGAAGGCCUUCGCCACCUACUUCAAGGAGAAGCUUGGUGUCGAGGACACCCGCGGGUACAUCACCUUCUCCGACCCCGGCCUCGACUAUCUGGGGUACAAUUCGACCACGUUCGGCACAAUCUUCCGCAAGUAAACAUCUAAGACGUCGCAGCAGGGCCAAAUGUAUUACCAGAAGUAAAUGUAACAAUUGUCAAUUGAUUGGCAGGCCCGUUCGGAAUUCGAACGCC